CGACAUUAUACUUAAACACAAGAAAUCCCAAAUGCAUGUUUGCCAUCCGAAAUUCAAGAGGACAGCGAGGAUCAGCUUUGGAAGGAUGCAGCGAUGGACGGAGCAGAAAAUUGUAAACCCGUGGUUUCAUAGGGUUGUGCGGUGAGGAGGACAGCCAUAUUUAGGAGAGAAACAGCUUGCUGCCCAAUCUAGGGCGGGGUAAAGUGAAAAGGGCCGACACUUACAUUAACGUUACUACUAUAUUUACUCAGCUGCACUGGAACCUGGGCUGUCCACCUCAACAUCCGCAUCUCGCAUUCACUCCGAUUGGACUUUGCCCCUCAGCAAGCGAGGAACCGCUAUGGAGCUAGACCCCACACUUUACACUAUCGCGUGGAUCGCGCCGCUAGAGAUCGAGGCCCGCGCGGCCGUUUGUAUGCUCGAUCGCGCGCACGUUGGACGCUUCCCGAUGCAGCGCGGCGACGACUAUGUUUACCAGGCUGGAGAAAUCUGCGGGCACAAUGUCGUUAUCGCAACGCUACCCGCGGGCCAGGAGUACGGGACAGGCUCUGCAGCCGCGCUUGCAAGUCAGGUCAAAAAAUUCUUUCCCAACUUCUGGUUCGGGCUACUUGUCGGCGUGGCGGCUGGCCUGCCCAAGCUGACGGGACCUUCGCCGCGGGAUAUCCGACUAGGCGACGUCCUCGUGGCGCUACCCGAGGGGGAUAGCGCCGGGCUGAUUGCGUAUGAUCUCGGCAAGGAAACCGCUUCAGGCGGCUUUCAGUUACUUAGAGGCGGCCAUGUUCUGGCGGUGACGGAGACAGUUGUGAGGGCGGCCAUCGGGAGCAUUAAAGCGCAAGCGCCAGACGAUACAAACCUGAUUCUCCCAUACUACCACAAGAUCAAGCACAAGCAGCAUAGUAGCGGGACUUUUGCCGAUCCUGGACAGGAUACAGACCGACUGUACGGCACCGACAAGUCGGGACGGUCAACGAUUCAAAAACGGGUGUCACGAUCGGACGGGCGACGCACACGCAUUUGGUAUGGGCCAAUUGGAUCUGGGGACAAGCUUAUGAAGAACGCGUCAAUUCGAAAUGCACUAAGGGAUCAGUAUAACAUAAUCGGACUUGAGAUGGAGGCGGCGGGAACGAUGAAUCGAAUCCCCGUCGGGGUAAUUCGUGGUGUAUGCGACUAUGCCGACAAGCAUAAGAAUAAGGAAUGGCAGCCAUAUGCGGCAGCAAUGGCAGCAGCCUAUGCUAAGGCAGUGUUAGCGCAGAUAGGACCGCGGCGACCAAUAAGUGGCUAUAUUCCGUUUAGACGUAAUCAUGACUUUACAGGCCGCCGAGCACAGCUUGGCCAACUUGAGCAAAUGCUCUUCCGCGAGAAGAGAGAACGAGUGGCGCUAGUGGGGCUUGGGGGCAUGGGCAAGACGCAGAUUGCUCUGGAGCUAGCGUACCGGGUGCAGAAUAUGGAAGUCGAGGGUAUGACAGAGAGGUACUCAGUAUUCUGGGUACAGGCGCAGAGCAUGGCGGCCUUUCACAAGACAGCAGCGGACAUGGUGCAGCGGCUCAAUAUCCAGUGUGGCAAUGACGACCCGACGGACGCUCUUCGAACGUAUCUUGCGUCAGAUGUGGCAGGCUAUUGGCUUCUAGUGGUUGACAACAUUGAUGAUGCUGCCGUGCUGGAUGGAUUACCUGGCCAACCGACUGGACUUUCUGAGUUCUUACCGCGAAAUCCCAAGGGAAGACUUCUUCUAACAACACGACAAGCCUCAGUUGCUGUGGACGCGGCAGGUAGUGCUAUGGUCGAGCUGACUUCUAUGACUUUUGCUGAUGCAUAUUUAUUGAUGAAAACGUUGCUACUCGACAAAGGACAAGUUCAGAAUACAGGGUACACUAAAGAGCUAUUAGAGAAGCUAACAUACUUGCCUCUCGCGCUAGCACAGGCUGCAGCAUACAUGAACAAGAAUAGGACACCUAUUAUUCGAUACUUAGAGCGGUGCCGGUCGGCCGACCAGAACAUGAUUGAUCUUCUUAGUAAACGGCUCCGCGACGAGGCACACCACAACGAGGCGCAAGGGGCUAUGGCGACGACAUGGAUCGUGUCAUUCAUAGCCAUCCGCAAGACAGAUAUAAAUGCUGUUCGUCUACUUUCUUUUAUCCGGUGGAUCGAGCCAAAGGCGAUACCCAAAAGCAUGUUUCCCACAGCAGGGUCUCCGAUGGAUUUGGAAGACUCGAUAGAUAUGUUGUGUAGGUAUGGGUUUCUUAGUUGGCGGGAGGACGGCGAGACGCUGGACAUGCACAGCUUAGUGCAUUUGGCAUUGCGACUGUGGCUAGAUCAGGAAACUGGCAACUCUUUGACCACGGAGGAUAUGGCGAUUGAGCAUCUCAAUAAGAUAUUUCCAUCAAGUGAGUGGGAGAAUAGACUAGAGUGGCGGCUGUGCUUGCCGCAUAUUCUACCUCUUCUGAAGGAGGUCCGGUUACGACGAAACGAAACUUUACAAUCGUUAUGCUACAAAACAGGGCUUUGUCUACAAGUGGAUGGGCGGACUACGGAGACGGUUGGGGUUUUUGAGCUCCUCACUUCUAUUCGAAAGGAGAGACUGGCAGAGACUCACCCAGAUCGACUUACUUCGCAGCAUGUGCUGGCAAUAGCAUACAGAGCUAACGGCCAGGUCAAGGAAGCGAUCAAGGUGCUAGAGCAUGUGGUGGCUAUUGAGAAGGAGACACUGGCAGAGACUCACCCAGAUCGACUUACUUCGCAGCAUGCACUGGCAGGUGCAUACCAAGAGAACGGCCAGGUCAAGGAAGCGAUCAAGGUGCUAGAGCAUGUGGUGGCUAUUCAGAAGGAGACACUGGCAGAGACUCACCCAGAUCGACUUACAUCGCAGCAUGCACUAGCAAUAGCAUACCAAGACAACGGCCAGGUCAAGGAAGCGAUCAAGAUACUAGAGUAUGUGGUGGCUAUUGAGAAGAAGACACUGGCAAAGACUCACCGAGAUCGACUUGCAUCGCAGCAUACACUAGCUAUAGCAUACAGAGCCAACAGCCAGGUCAAGGAAGCGAUCAAGGUACUAGAGCAUGUGGUAGCUAUUGAGAAGGAGAUACUAGCAGAGACUCACCCAUCUCGGCUUGCAUCGCAGCAUGCACUGACAGAGAUUCGUUUACACAAACACCGCUUUAGAUGGUGGAAGAAUAAGCCAUAAACAACAGUCAAAACCUUUCGACGCCAGCUUCUACUUAUUUCAUUCUUAAUCGGCUUCUACGCUAACCUUUAGACAUCACCGAUUGGUUUGAAAAUCUAUUAUAGCACACAUAUAGAUUUUAAAGAACCACUGAUACCCACUAGAAAGACUUACCGAAGCCAAUAGGUUCCUUCAUAGCCGUUCUACAUGAUCUUCAUAUGGCACGAAAUACUUCCAUUAUUCAUAAUAUAUUCGGUCUGCUGAUAUAUUUACAGGAUCUUUCGCUUUUUAACUUGUGGGCUAGUUUUUUUCUUACAGGCUGCUGCGUGUAGAGAUCCGGUGCCGCUGAGGUGUUGUAUACAGUGCAUUUACGACAUAACAGGCAAGCGUAUUGGUGCCAGCCGUAUCAAAAUAAACAAAAUGAAAUGACUGGAGGUCAAUUUUGACAAGUCCGUAUAGAUAAUAGUCUCGAAGAUCUUUGUGUCGCUGUUGGGCAAUACGACACAUUUUCUUUCGUGGCUAGUCCUUCAUAGCUCGGACAACUGUACUUGGCGAAACCUUUGACGCUGUAUUUGUCCAGCAACAUCUGUACCAUCUCUUCUAAAUGUAACUCGGAUCGUUAGUCAGCUGGUCACAUAAGUAUUUCUUCAUUUUGGCGUUAUUCGGCUGCGCCGCCCGGCGCGGGUUGUUCGUUGCGGCAUUUCGCUUCUAGGUAGGUUACGAAGUUGUUCGAAACGCUGGACGGUUCAGGCGCUGCAUAAGUUCGCAAAGACAAUAUCUUGGGUCGAGAAACCCUUUUUUUUUUAGCAUAGAAAAGAUCUGGUCUCGGAUUUCUUCACCUAAUGGCGGCGCCAUGGUCAGCUUUGUAAGGCUGUUUUUGACGUAACGUUAACUAAUGACGCAAGGCACAAACCGAAUGGCUCGGUGGAAACGGCAAUUCCAGUGGUUAUUCUUAGUGCUUCGUACAGUGGUAAAUUUAGGUGUAGGUACUUCCAAGGUACCCAACAGGUCAGCAGCCAAAAAUAGCGGACAUCUCUCCCCACCAUACUACUAAAACUCGCUAAAUGCACCCGCGACACCGAUUUCGGUUUUUACGG